AUGGAUUCUACAAAAAGAACUACUAUUGGAAAUUGCGAUUGCAGUGUCUAUAAGCAUGGUUUCUUCAUAAAAUCACCACCACUUCAUCUUUUUAGUAAUCAGAGUUCCUGGAAAAAGAGAUAUUUUAUUCUUUCUAACUCUGCCCAAAAUGGUUACAUCUUGAACUAUUUUAAAGGACAGCAAAUAAAGGGCCACAUUGAAAUUAGUGAGGCUUCAAAAAUAGAAAUUGGCAUAGGUGACUCUGAGAAAAUGUCAACUGUGAAAAAGAUGUUCAAAUGCCAGUCCACUGAAGUGAUGACUAUCACUACAGAGAAUAGAAUAUUUUACCUUGUUGGAAGAGAUAGCAAGAAAGUUGAGGAAUGGGCUACCUUCCUAUUUGCAUUGUGCUCGGAAAAAAAGAAACAGGAAACUAGAAGUCGGUCAAGAUCUGUCCCAGCCUGUCUUGAUGAAUUGUGUGCUGCCUCUAUCACCAAGAAGGAUCAGUGUCCUGGCACUGAAUGUGAAGACAUAGUAGCAUCAGUUUACAAAAAAAGGCCAAGUUCAGACCCUAGUCCUCAAGAAACCUAUGAAGAACUUCCUAUUUAUGAGUCACCAAGAAAACUCUUACGACGCCUGAGACAACUGACAAAUAUUCCUGUUGAAGAACAGUUAGAAGAAAAAGACAACAAAGAGGAAUAUUAUGCUACUCCAAGAAGUCUUUUAGCUCAGCUGGAUGAGGUGAUUGAUGGAUUUAACACUCUGGGAGAAUCUAGUGGCUCAGACAGUGAAAAGUUCAGUAGCGCUAAAGAAUACAUGUCCAUGAAAGAUUUGGUUCCAGCAGUGGUGGAAGAAAAAAUUAAGCCAAUACAUACAAAUAAUGAAUUGGUGGCCCUUCUGCAAAAUCAGGUGGAUGUACAAGUGGCAGAGGAGUAUCAACCCAAACCAAAGCCAUUACCAAAAAUAUUCAAAGUGGAAAAAACACCUAAACUCUCCUUUUUAUCAGUGGUUCAGUUGUCCAUAAUUCUCGGUAAAAUCACAGAUGAUAACCAGUUAGAGCAGGUGGAUAUUCUCCUUCCCCAGAAUGCUCUUAUUCAAUGCCUGACACUUGUAAAAGCUUCUGGGUGUAUAUGCAUCUCUGAGUGGAAAGACCCAUAUCAUUUAGGAUGUAUAUUUCAUCAAGGGGAUUAUAUAGUGGCUGUGAAUGAUUUGCAAAUCAAAGACAUGGAUGAAAUUUCUUUGUUCAUAAGUAGAUCCACAAGAAAGGAGGUAAAACUAACAAUAAACCGACUCCCAGAUUCAGAAAUUUUGCAUGCUCCAGGAUGCAGCUGUCCAUAAUGGCAUAAAAGAACAAUGUUUUAAUUGAAGCCAUUUCAGCCUCAACCUGAAGAACAGACUUUGGAACGCGUGGUGGGGCCAAGAAUAAGUCCCUUAAAAAAACUGAUUGGACCACUUCUAGCAAUUUUAUGUCCUUAUACAUGCAUUAUUGGAGGCUGUAGGAUAUCUGCUAUUACUUUGGCUUCAAACACCUUUAGUCCACCCAGAAUAUAAUUAUCUCCUUUAGUGCAAAAAAUCCCUUAGCAGGACAGCUAUACUGCUUUUGACUUUUUAAGGACUGAAUUUGAGCCUUCCACAAACCAGGAGUAUGGAAAAUGAUUCUCAGGUAUUUAAAUGCCUGGGCUUGUUCAACGAUGUCAACAUUGACUUGCCAUCUAAACUAACUUUUUAACUUUUAACAUUUCUGGAAUGUGAUCAUUCAAAAUUCACUUUUUGUGCUAUGCUUUGCUAGCUUGGAAGCCAAAGGAAUUAUUUCUGCUGAGAGAGAUUUGUGGGAUUCUGUAGGGUAUGUGCUGGAAGUGAGUGGCAUAAUAUUUGCCAUGUAUUUUAUUUUACGUAAGUACUUAUUUUAGACUUGCUCUAUCAACACAAUGAUACUGCCACUCAUGCAAAUGGAAAAAAAAUGUUCAUGAGAGUGGAAAAAAAUUGUUCAUGUCAAGGUAUUCAUCAGGGACUUGAUAACACGAUGACAGUGUAUAAAAAAUGUAAAAGAUCAAAGCAUGUAAAAUGGAAAGGGCUUGGCAGGUGCCUUUGCAGUAUUAUAUGUGCCUUUUCAAUACAAUUUAUUGAAGCGUUUCAACCAUGAAGGCAUUUGCAGGAACCAUUACAAAUUGCCCUCAAAGGAUAUUUUUGUCAAAAAAUAUGUAAUAUUUCAACAGAUAUGACAUGUGUAUGCCACAUUUUCUAUACUUCUUCUAGUUCUCCAUAUAAGCAUUAGUAGGGGGAACAACAAUUACUAAAAGUUGUUAAAGACAUUAGUUUCUUUACUACUGCCUGUAAUUAGAUUCAUUAGAAGUAUCUUUUCAUGGAAUCACAAUUGCUCUUGCAUUCAGUUUAAUGCCAUCUCCCAACAUGCAUAAACACAAAUUGCAAGUUAUGCACAGCAUGGAUUGCAUACCCUGUUCUAAGAUGUGGGAUUCCACAAAAUUCAAUCUUCAAUAUUUUUAUUAAUGACUUGGAUGAGUUAUGGGUGCUUAUCAAACUUUCACAUGACUCAAGAUUAGAUGGAAUAGCUAAUAUUUUAGAAGACAGAAAUAAAAUUCAGAAUUAUGGAUUAAAGAAAUGAGAUGAAAGUACAAAAUGAAAUUUAACAGUGAUAAAUACAAAUGGAUUCGUAUAAAUAUAGAGAUCCUGGUUUUAGUAAUAAUACCUGUGAAAAAGAUCUUGGGAUGGUGGUUGAUUGCAAACUAAAUAUGAAUCAGUAGUGUGAUGCAACUACAAAAAAGACAAAUGCGAUUAUACUUCUGAAGUAUAAUUUCCAAACUGCAGUAAUCAUUCCACUUUAUUUUCUUGUUCUCCUGCUCUACACUUAAAGGAGGAUUCAUAUUGGAAAGGUUUAGAGAAGAGCUACAAAGAUGAUACCAGAAAAUAAACCUUACUAAGAAAGAUUUAGGAGGUUUUCUUCAAAUUCUUCAAAUAUCUCAAACAAUAUCACAUGGAAGUCAAGUCUUCCUCUCCGUCAUUCCAGGAUGCAGGACAGAAAAAUAGAUCCAAAUUGCAGGCAGGCAAUUUUCAAUUAAAUGUCAGAAAAAUGCAUUAUAGAUAUAUAAUAUAUAUCUAUAACAGAAUAUAUGGGUUGGAAAGACUGGAAAUUUUUGAAUGAGAGCAGAGAAUUGAGAAUUUAAAGCAAAACAAGCUUUAGUGGUUUGAGGAAGGAGCAGUUUUGCCCCUUGCUUUUAACUGAUUCCAGCAUUUAUUCAUUCCUCAGUUGCCUUGCUACACUAUUAAAAUUUACAGCUCUAAAUAGCAUUGGUACAUCUCAACAUCCAUUUUGGAAUAAGUGGAAUACUUGCUGACAGAAUAAUGCCAAACACAAUUAUUUCUUCUUCAGCAUGUUCCCAUAUUGCUUUGCAGGCUUAUCUUCAUACUAUAUGAAAAUAUUAUAAGCUAUUGUGAUGUAAAAUUAAUAAAGUUAUUCCAUGUUACCUAGCUUGUACGGUCCGUUGAUACAGAUUGCUGCUGUCAGAAUGUACCCAAGAUCAAAUAAUUGAUUGUGAAUAGAAAUUCCAAUGGUUUGUCCAAUGUACUCCAGAAAAUUUUAUAAUUCCUUCUGUGUAUGGUUUGUAACCCUUUUAUAAAUGUUUAUUUAACUAUUAUAUGGUAUAUGUGUCUAAUUGCAAAUCCAUUUAUCAAAGCAAGGUUCAAUGUACAAAUAAAUCUAUCUAAGAUAUGACUUUACACCUAUCUUGCUUACUGUACUCUUUUAUUGAAAGAAUAACUUUUAUAGCCACUUUCAGGCAGAAUGAUUUUGCUUCCAAAAAUACUGAGAUGUACAAGAAUGUUUUAUAAAGCUUUCCAGAAAACAUUACUCGAGCUCACAAUUGUAGCUAAGGGAUAAGAACACUUACUCACAUUUUACACAGCAGUUUUCCAUAAUCUGGCAUCCUCCAAAUGUAUUGAACAUUCAUGAUUUCUAAUCAGCAUGGCCAUUAGAACUGUCUAGCCCAUGUGCAAGGCAACAGACUGACAGAUGGUCUUAUCUGAUC